UUCCAUUCAUUUUAUUUUCAUGAAAACAACCAAUAUACAUAUUCAACGAAUUUAAAUAUUGCUAUUUGUAGAAGAGAUAUACUAGAUUCAAUAGAUUUGCAUGAAUUGGCAAAUUUUUUCAUUAUAAUUAGGAAUGAAGAAUAAUUGCAGUAAUUAUCCCAUUACAUAACCAAAAAACCAGAGAGAAACGCGAUUAUUUCAUUUAUAUAAUCUAUUUUAAGUGUCACGAUUCAAAUGUUACUCUAUAUAUAUGAUUCAGUUAUAAUUUCAAUACAUACAAUGUCGCAUCUUAUUUUGCUCAAUAAACAUUUAAUUGGACUCGCUUACGUUAGAGCUAAUCUAUGAAUAGGUAUCAAUACGCAGUUUCAUAGGCAGGAUUUGCGUGUUGUUCUUCCUGUUCGAUUUUAAUUCGGCUCGACGGAUCUUUUUUUCGCGCACUUCUAACCUUCAUGCAUAUUCAUAUUCCGGGGAAUGUCGUUUGACGUUCCCAUGAAGUGAAACAAGGUCAAUUGAUUUCGAAUCGGAAUUGAAGCACGUCUUUCUCCAGCACAGCGGUUAGACGAAUUCUGUACAUCAACAUGUAUCACAAAUUGAAUCUCGAAGUCAAGUAUCUUACUGAACAACAUCUUACCGGCUUCGAGAACUAUAAAUAUAGCUCAGUGGAUACAAGCCCUCUCAGUGUAUAUAUUAUGCAUCCAUUUUGGAAUAAAGUAGUACAGUAUUGUCCGAAGUGGGUUGCCCCAAACGUAUUAACUUUCUCUGGAUUUCUGUUUACUGUCUUUAACUUCACGUUGUUUACAUUUUAUGAUUAUUAUCUAUAUGCAUCAAGUGAUGAUAAGCCACAGUAUCCUCCUAUACCAAGGUGGGUCUUUGCCUUGGGUGCAUUCAAUGUUUUUAUGGCAUAUACUCUUGAUGGUAUUGAUGGAAAACAAGCACGACGUACGCAAACAUCAGGUCCUUUAGGAGAGCUAUUUGAUCAUGGACUAGAUAGUUGGACAACAAUGCUCAUUAGUGUUUGUAUGUUUUCUGUGUUUGGUAGGACAGAUCAUAGUGUAUCUCCAUUAAGAAUGUAUUUCAUUCUGUGGAACGUGUUUAUUAGUUUCUACUUAACUCACUGGGAAAAGUAUAACACAGGGGUACUGUUUCUUCCUUGGGGAUAUGAUCUAUCUAUGGUAGGUACUAUUAUUGUCUUUGUCAUAUCUAGUAUAGGUGGACAUAAAGCCUGGAAGGUUGUGUUCCCUGGUGGUAUACCAGUUGGUGUAAUGUUUGAAGUAUUACUUUAUGUCACUGCAAUUGUAUCUAGUUUGCCUGUAGUUCUAUGGAAUAUAUAUAAAUCAUAUAGGGACAAGACUGGUAAAAUGCGAACGUUCCUAGAUGCCAUAAGACCUCUACUGCCUCUAGCAGUACUCUUUUCGAUUUCAACAAUUUGGGUAGUUCAUUCACCUAGUAAUAUUAUAGACAAAGAUCCUAGGAUAAUUUUCUUAGCAAUUGGAACUAUUUUUUCAAACAUCUGUUGUCGUUUAAUUGUUUCACAAAUGAGCAACACCAGAUGUGAACUAUUAUCAUGGAUAUUACUACCUGUAGCAGUUGCAGCCCUUUUCUCAUUUAUCUUGCCUAGUAUAGAUUUGGUAUUCACAUAUAUUCUUGCCAUUAUAGCUUUAUUGGCACAUAUUCACUAUGGAACAUGUGUGGUGCGUCAGAUGUGUCGUCAUUUCCGUAUUCACACGUUCCGUAUUAAAGAUCGUGCAGAUUGACUACUUGCCGACGAUACAUGUUAAAAAUGAAGAAAUACGAACAAACGGUCGGAAAGAGCUACGAAUGACUGAGUACAGAGCAGACAAACGGAAGAAACUUCAGAAUUAUGAUUGAUAAGAAGAACAAAAGAAUAUUUCAAAUAUGAACAUGCAAAUAUUGAACAGUAGAUAAUAGGAGUUUAUUCGAGCAUACAACCAUCUCUGAUCAUAUAUCUAAAAAUAGAGAGAGUACCUUUUAAGUAAUAUUAACAAUUUAGUUCCAUUUCCAUUUCAUGUUGCUGUGAUAUAAUUAAAGGAGAACCUAGAACCUUUCUUUAUGUGUAUGUACUCUCAAAUAAGUUCACAUAUGUUCUCUCUACUUUGUCUUUUUGUGUUCUGUUCGUAACUCUGACUGUGCAUAGAGCAUUUAUUUAAAGCACGCAAGGCUUUUAGCUGUUGCGCAUCGAAUUCUUCGUUUUUAACAUGUAUUGUCUGAAAAAUGAGAUUAUGAAUCUGGCUUGCUCAAUUUUCCCAUAAAACGAACAUUUCUUUCCUUUAGAGAAAUUAAAAAAUUUGUGGAGAAAUUUAAGAGUCAAAUUUCGAGAUUUUUUGAACUUUUGAAGGUCUCCACAGAAGCUUUUCUUUCGUUUCGAGUGAUUGCUAAAGGAUGAAGUUUUCUUUUGCGUGAAAAUUCUGAGCAAGUUGGCAGAUGAACUUCGAUAUGGAUAAAAGAGAAAGGGUGUAAUGCUGGUGUAAUAAGAUAGAAGACAUUAUUUAUUUUGCGUAAGGAUGUAUGUGUAUGUUAUAUUAUAUUUAAUCGGCUUCCUGAAACGAAGAAUCUUUGCAAAUAACGAUAAUGUUGAAUCACAAAUUUUGACUUAGAUUAAAUCAAGUCAAUCAAAUUGAUUCAAGUACCUAGCGAGUAACUGAAGAAAAGAUAUGCGAUAUUUCAUUUUCUUCUUUCUUUAUAAAAUAUUCCAAAUGACGUUUUAGCCCAUACUCAUUGCGGAUUUUUAUGCAUUUAUGGGAAAUUUGAAGAUGCAAACAUAUAUAGAAUUUGCAUAAAGCGCAAAAAUACAUAAAAUAUAUUACUAGUUACAAUAUUCAAUAGGUAAAGCAAGCAUGCUUAGGUUUCACUUUUUUAUUUGUGUUUAUAAAAAUAUGAAUUUGCCUAAAAAUUCGCAAUCUAAAAAAAUUCAAUAAGUUUUCAACGUGGGAAAAAAUAUAUGAAAUCACAGUCAGAAGUCAGAAAUCAUGCAACAAUUAAUUAUCUGAUCUUUUUUUGUUGUUAAUACCAAUCAAUUAUUAUAAUUUUUGUCUAUAAGAUAUGUAGUUGGUGACAAUAGCAGAUGGUGUAAAAUAUAUAAAUAGUAAUUAUAUUAAUUAAUUUGUGAACUGAAAUGAAUAAUCUGGCUUGUAAGUUAGGAAACAGUAUAUGCAACUAUUAAGUGUUAAAUAAUUCCCACGUUGUACGAAUAAAACGAACAAAUAAGUCAAUGUAACACUAACCAAUUUGUUGAAAUGUGUAUUAUCAUGGAUUUCCAUUGAUUUUAUGCAUUGAAAUUCCAUUAUUAAUGUUUUAAGCGAAAAUUUUUCUAUUCCUGCAUUUAAUAUUGUUACUAGUCUAAUUUAUGUUAUCGAUAUACAUAAUUUUAAGAAAUUUAACGCAUUGCAUUUUGUAAAAGAAAAAAUUAAUUCAAGCAUUUGUUCGAAAUUGUAAGUAGAGUGGAGAAUGUUAAUAGAUGUAACGAGUUUUUUGUAAACUUUAGUAUAUGUACAUACAUAGUCUCAAAAGAACUUACCGAACGUGUAGGAACACGAAAUGCUAAAUUUUUUAACUAACCUAAAGGUGUUUAUGGACAUACUUGUACAAAUAGUAAUUAACGAAAGCUAUGUAACUUGUUCUAAUUAAAACACCGUUUAUGUAACUUUA